AUGUAGUCAUGAUUAUUAUUAUACUGAUUACAAAUUUAUAUAUCUAAUUUCUAUGUUAGUUAAGCUAGUCACUCAUUCUAAUAUAAUUUGAUUUGAAUUUUAUUCAUAAAAUUUUAAUUAAGAUCGAAUUUAAGAAAUAAUACCUCUCUAAACAUUUUUGUUAAAAUUCUAUUUAUGCUAUAUCUUUGUUGAAUGUCGAAUCACCGGUUUAGAUUGUAUUAAUAAAAGGGUUAAAAACACUUAUAGUAUUCACCUCAAUGGCUUCUUUCAAGUUUAAUUUUAAUACACCUGAAAAGGACCCUCAACUUCAUGAAAAAGACCCAAUAAAAUGGAUUGAAGCAGUCAAAAUAGAAAUCAAAGAUCAAGCAAAGAAUAUAGAUGACAUAGCAAAACAUGCCAAAAUGUUUGCAUGUGGAGAGGUUAAUAUAGGGCAUGUAAUUACCAGUGUACUGCAAGUAAAAGCAGAAAAUAGGACUGAAAAUGUUCUAGAACUCGCUGAAAAGGAACAUAGUGAUCUUGUACCUGGAAAAUAUGAAGGGGGUCUGAAAAUAUGGGAGUGUACAUAUGAUCUAAUAGAAUAUCUGGAGCAAGAGCAAAUCCAAUUUGAAAAUUUAAAUGUAUUGGAUUUAGGUUGUGGUGUUGGCAUUCUUGGAAUUUAUGCUUUACUUAAAGGUGGAGUUGUAACAUUUCAGGAUUAUAACAAGGAGAUCAUAGAAAAUGUAACAAUAUUCAAUGUUCUGCUUAAUAUAGAAGAUAACUCACAAGGAGAUAAGAUAACUGACAUAGAAAAGUGUGAAUUUUAUUCUGGUGAUUGGGAAUCUUUUAACAACAUAUUACACAAUGAUUUGAAAUAUGAUGUAAUACUGACAUCGGAAACUAUUUAUAACACAAACAAUUAUGAUAAACUUAUCAAACUAUUUAAUCAGAGAUUAAAGAAGCCAGGCACAGUUUAUGUAGCAGCAAAAAAUCAUUAUUUUGGUGUUGGUGGGGGAACUAAAGAAUUUAAAAAGGCUAUUGAAGAAUCAGGAAAAUUAAAAGCAGAUAUAGUUUGGGAAAAAUCUAGUGGAAUUAGAAGAGAAGUUAUAAAAAUAAAACAAUUAUAAAAAUAUAUAAA